AGAGUUAACAGCUGCACCUGUUGAGGUAUACCUGCUGUCGCCCGGCACCUGUACCCAUAGCCAAUCAGCACCAGCGCUGCCAGGAACCGACCUGUCAGCAAAAUCCCGACACUCAAACCUCAACAUAAAUCAAACACUUCCCUGGGCAGGGAAUGUCUGUGUCAGGCGAGAAUUAGAGACAAGAGCGGUCGGUCAGCAGAGCCUUCGGUGCCGGUGCCUGUCGUUGGAGCCUGGGAGCCUGGGAGCCUGGGAGGAGGAAGAUGUCGAAUGAACUUGAUUUCAGGUCUGUGCGGCUGCUAAAGAACGACCCAGUCAACUUCCAGAAGUUCUCCUACACUAACGAGGAUGAGGCCUGGAAGACCUACCUGGAAAACCCCUUGACGGCCGCCACGAAGGCCAUGAUGAGAGUCAACGGGGAUGACGACAGCGUUGCGGCCCUGAGCUUCCUCUAUGAUUACUACAUGGGUCCCAAGGAGAAGCGGAUACUUUCCUCCAGCACCGGGGGCCGGAACGACCAAGGAAAGAGGUACUACCAUGGCAUGGAAUAUGAGAUGGACCUCGCCCCCCUUGAAAGUCCCACGCACCUCAUGAAAUUCCUGACAGAGAACGUGUCUGGAACCCCAGAGUACACAGAUGUGCCCAAGAAGAAUAACCUGAUGAGCCUGGAGGGGUCCAUGCCCUCCCCGGGCAAGGCAGCGCCCCUCCCUGCAGGCCCCGGCAAGCUGGAAGCUGGCUCUGUGGACAGCUACCUGCUGCCCACCAGCGAUGUGUACGAUAACGGCUCCCUCACCUCCUUGUUUGAGAACAUUCAUGGGGUACCACCCACACAGCGCUGGCAGCCAGACAGCACCUUCAAAGAUGACCCGCAGGAGUCGCUGCUCUUUUCAGAUAUCCUGAAAACGUCCCCGGAACCUCCAUGUUCAGAGGACUAUCCCAGCCCCAAGAGUGACUUUGAGUACACCUUGGGCUCCCCCAAAGCCAUCCACAUCAAGUCGGGCGAGUCACCCAUGGCCUACCUCAACAAGGGCCAGUUCUACCCUGUCACCCUGCGGACCCCAGCCGGCGGCAAAGGCCUUGCCUUGUCCUCCAACAAAGUCAAGAGCGUGGUGAUGGUUGUCUUCGACAAUGAGAAGGUCCCAGUCGAGCAGCUGCGGUUCUGGAAGCACUGGCAUUCCCGGCAACCCACUGCCAAGCAGCGAGUCAUCGAUGUGGCCGACUGCAAAGAAAACUUCAACACCGUGCAACACAUUGAGGAGGUGGCCUAUAAUGCACUGUCUUUCGUAUGGAAUGUCAACGAGGAGGCCAAGGUCUUCAUUGGUGUCAACUGCCUCAGCACAGACUUCUCCUCACAAAAGGGGGUGAAAGGCGUCCCCCUGAACCUGCAGAUUGACACCUAUGAUUGUGGCUCAGGCACCGAGCGCCUGGUGCACCGUGCUGUCUGCCAGAUAAAGAUCUUCUGUGACAAGGGAGCCGAGAGGAAGAUGCGAGAUGAUGAGCGGAAGCAGUUCCGGAGGAAGGUCAAGGGCCCCGACUCCAGCAACAGUGGCAUCAAGGGCUGCCUGCUGUCUGGCUUCAGGGGCAAUGAGACCACCUACCUGCGGCCCGAGGCUGACCUGGAGACCCCGCCAGUGCUGUUUGUUCCCAACGUGCACUUCUCAGGCCUGCAGCGUCCUGGAGGGGCAGUGCCCUCGGUGGGACACAGUAGCUCCAACAGGCUGCCUCUGAAACGCACCUGCUUGCCCUUCGCUGAUGAGUUCGAGCCUCUGCCCUCCAAACAGGCCAAGGAAGACGACCUUCAGAGAGUUCUGUUGUACGUGCGGAGGGAGACGGAGGAGGUGUUUGACGCCCUCAUGUUGAAGACCCCGGACCUGAAGGGGCUGAGGAAUGCGAUCUCUGAGAAGUAUGGGUUGCCUGAAGAGAACAUUUACAAAGUCUACAAGAAAUGCAAGCGGGGAAUCUUGGUCAACAUGGACAACAACAUCAUUCAGCAUUACAGCAACCAUGUUGCCUUCCUGCUGGACAUGGGGGAGCUCGACGGCAAGAUUCAGAUCAUCCUUAAGGAGCUGUGAGGACCCUGGGCGGUAAGCUCCAGUCAAGGAGCCUGCUGCGAAGUGGUCCCGCGCCACACACAACCUCUCCUCAUGCCUCAGUGCUGUUACUUGAAUGCCUUCCGUGAGGGAAGAGACCCUCGAGUCACAAACCCACAGAUGUCAGGGCCAGGAAGGGACCUGGGCGGCGUCCUGAUCGGAACCCCCAUUUCAUGCUUGAAUCUACUCUCUGAACUCCUGCCAGUGCCUGCCCAGCCAGAGACAGUGUCGUCUUGGUUAACGUACCCAACAGACUGUUUCCUCCUCCCAAAGCCCCUUCUCUGAGGUCAGCCUGAUGGCUGCCGAUCCAGCUGGUAGGGGCGGGCCAGCUCUCCCAAAGCCGGCUCGACUACUCUCCGGUUCCCAUUCUUGGUUAUCCCAUCAACUUCAGACCAAGGGUCUCUCACCCUUUCCUCAGUGAACUGGAACACUCUUGAUUGUCAGUGCAAAGGACUUUUGAAAGAAACGAUGGUGGAUACACUCUCUCUCUCACGGACUUCCUCCAUGCCAGAUGUAAAUAACGGAGCGGGUCGGCCAGAACAAAGUGGAUGCUGGAUGCUGUGUAAACGACCCGACCGCUGCCGUGCCUGCUCACUGUUGUACACAUUUCUUAUUUACAAUUUUCAUUUAUGUUAUAUAUAUAUAUAAGUAUAUAUUGUAUAUAUAUGCAACAUUUUAUAUUUUUCAUGGAUACAUUUUUAUCAUUUCAAAAAAUGUGUAUUUCACAUUUCUUGGACUAUUUUUUUAGCUGUUGUUCAGUUAUGCAUUUUGUAUACUCAUAUAGUAUUUAGUAGUAAAAGUCCGCCUGUGUGUUACUUCAAAU